CCAUAGCGGCCUUUACACCCGGCCUUCAAAACGGACACCUACUCAGAGACCAAGUUAAAGCAAGAUAUCACAUUUUGAAACAUCUCGCGAACCAUGGAUGGCCAAUAGUGCACUUUAGCAGCCGAGACUUAAUAUAUCUUUGUUCAUGAUAAAGCUUCGAAUUCACGACAGCUCUCUAAGGGAUGUAAAGGCUCUUGAAGAAGCGGAGCGGGACCGUCGUAACCGGUUACUGGCCGCAGCGCGCUUUGUCCCUCCCAAUGAAGUGGAGCAUGCUCAUGAUGAGGCCAAGGCGUUUGUAGCCGGCGUACGUCGUGCCAGUAUUGAAGGUGGCAACAAGGCAUUUAGCAUACUACGCCGAGAAUCACUGCGUGAAUCAGAAGAGGAAGAGCGGGAGAGACGGACUUCAACUACUGCAGAAAUUGCAUUCGCAGCUCUGGAGCAUGCUCAUCAGGAGGCUAGAGCUUUUCGGGAAGGUCUCGAGUCAGUUGAAACUGAUGACAACUCCCUUCCGCCGGUGUUAUGCCAGGUGCUUCUCAAUAUGGUACAUGCCGCUGAAGAAUCUGAGCGAGCCGCUCGUACCGCUUCGAUCUCAGAGAUUGAGCCCAAUAUACAACAUGCCUUGCAAGAAGCUACAGCAGUUCGGCAAGGAAUUGAAACAGAGACAAACCGCGCAACAUCUGUUGCUCAUCGAGCGAGCGCGCGACAAGCAGAGGAAGAAGAGCGAGAUCGGCGGAUUGCCGAUCCGGACUUUUGCAAACCUGCACGACAACACGCUGCGGUUGAGAGUAUUGCGUUUACGCUUGGUCUUUCAUCCGAUUUGCCAAGGACAAAAGCUUCAGAUUUGGGAAAGAAGGAGACAGCCAAGGCAGCUGAGGAAGUAGAGCGCGAUGAAAGGACUGAAGAUGCUGAGGUAAUACAUAGGCAGAGGACACAUGCGAAGCAGGAAGCGAAGGCGGUGAAAAAUGGAUUGGCGCAAUCCGCAGGUACUCCUGCAGCAAGGUUAAUUCACGCCAGUCAAUGAGCAUUUGCUUGUGAACCAAUUUGGAUAUGAUGCCAGCGGCGUCUCACACUGGCAAAAUGCUUUAUAUGUUGUUUUCUGCUUUGGAUUGUGGAUGUAUGUUGAAUCAGCAUGUGUUGAACUGGUUUUUUAUUUACACAAAAAUGAUUACUCCGACGCUUCUGUCGAGUGCACCAGA